AGAAAGAUUGGUUACAACUUACAACCUCUUUUGUCCUUCUUUCUGUCUUCUUGUCUUCCCAAACAGAUCAAGAAAGAGAGGGAGAGAGAGAGAGAGAGAGAGAUUUGGGAUCAAAAAAGGCUUGAAAGGAAAGCAGAAGAGGAGAGAAGAUGGGAGAUUGCAGGCCAUUGGGGUUCUUGAUAGGGCUGCCAUUUGCUUUUCUUGCUCUGAUUUUAUCUGUUGUGGGUGCAAUUGUUUGGAUUCUUGGGACUUUGUUGAGUUGCUUGUGCCCAUGCUGUAUAUGCUGUGCAGGGCUGGCCAAUUUGGCAGUGAGCCUGGUGAAGAUGCCUAUAAAAGUAAUGAGAUGGUUCAUUGAACAGAUCCCUUGUUGAUCUUCUCUUUCUCAUACAUAUUUGUAGUUUAUGUGCUUUCUCUUCCCUUUUUGUUAUGGUUGUAUUCCAAUUAUUCUUUUGUUUUUUA